UUUAGCCCUGGGAGUCUGAUUCUCACCCUCCUGGGAGGGCUCCUCUUGGCUUUAAACCCUUAAUCCUUAGUUUCCCAGAUUGCAGCCAGCAGGGAGCAGGUCUCCCUGUGAACCAGGCUCCAAGUGGUGGCUGAAGAACAGCCUUAGUUUUAAAAGCGCCAUUUUUUCCUCUGCUUGGAAAGAUAGGCCCCCUGCUGUUUCUGCACGCUUCAAUGAGUUUGAGCAGCAAGUUAAUUGCCCUGUUGUUCUCAGGACCUGGUAGCUCCUAGGUUCAGAGUUUAUAAGAAUUCGCCUGGAGGAGGCUGUUCAUUCCACCUUGUAUGGCCACAAUGCUGACUGCCCGCCUCUCUAGACCCCUGUCAAAGCUCCCAGGGAAAACCCCGAGUUUCCCUGACAGAGAAAGUGGAACAAGGUGCACACUGCAGUUUUAUUCCGCCUCAUUCGUCCCUGUAGGUCAUCGCACUUACGCCGAUGCAGUGACCCCCGUCGGCAGCAAAGCUGUCCUGGUCACCGGCUGUGACUCUGGAUUUGGGUUCUCCUUGGCCAAGCAUCUGCAUUCAAAAGGCUUCCUUGUGUUUGCUGGCUGCUUGAUGAAGGACAAAGGGGAUGUUGGAGCCAAGGAACUGGACAGCUUGAAGAGCGAUCGACUGAGAACUGUUCAGCUCAAUGUCUGCAAAAGCGAGGAGGUGGAGAGAGUGGUGGAGAUUGUCCGCGCGAGCCUGGAGGACCCUGAGAAAGGCAUGUGGGGCCUGGUUAACAACGCAGGCAUCUCAACAUUCGGGGAGGUGGAGUUCACCAGCAUGGAGACCUACAAGGAGGUGGCAGAAGUGAACCUCUGGGGCACAGUGAGGGUAACAAAAUCCUUUCUCCCCCUCAUCCGAAGGGCCAAAGGCCGCGUCAUCAACAUCGGCAGCAUGCUGGGCCGCAUACCUUAUCCAGCCCGCUCCUCAUACUGCAUCACCAAGUUCGGGGUAGAGGCUUUCUCUGACUGCCUGCGCUAUGAGAUGCAUCCUCUGGGUGUGAAGGUCUGCGUGGUGGAACCUGGCAACUUCAUCGCUGCCACAAGCCUCUAUAGCCCCGAGCGCAUCCAAGCCAUUGCCAAUAAGUUGUGGGACGAGCUGCCUGAGGUGGUGCGCAAGGACUAUGACAAGAAGUGUUUUGAUGAGAAGACCGCCACCAUGCGUACCUACUGCAACAGUGGCUCCACUGACAUAUCCCCUGUUAUCAACGCUAUCACCCAUGCCCUGACCGCUGCCAAGCCUUACACCCGCUACCACCCCAUGGACUACUACUGGUGGCUGCGAAUGCAGAUCGUGACCCACUUGCCUGGGGCCAUCUCCGACAGGAUCUAUAUACACUGAAGAGUUUCCGGCUGGCCUCUGCCGGGAGCCCUGGUGGGAGGGAGGACGGAGCUUGGACAGUCACUUCUUCAUUACCCACUCGUGGGUAAUCCACCGUCCCUGGAGGACCCCACUGCCAGUUUUAGUGUCAGCCAAGGGGUUAGCCAGCCCAGGCCUCCUCGGUGCGGUUGCAGAAUGAUGGGCAGGGCCCCUAUACCUCAGGGCAAACAUGUUGCAACUACCUUUCUAUAGUUGAUUUCAUACAAAGAUUUUUUGGAAAUAUCUUUAUAUUAAAAGCAGAUUUAUUAUAAAAUAGAAUCCAAAUCCUUUACAUUUUUAAGUCAAAAUCCCCAUUCAAAAAAUUUAUCUCAUUGCAUCCUGGAGCCAACCUCAUGAGUAAGGGAACAGAUUUCUUUCUUUUGUAUGCAAAGAAUUUGUAGCACAAAUUGGAUACGUGAAUAAUCUUUUUAUUGCUUCUGAAUGGUCCAAGCCACGUGUUCCUGUCCCUGCUGUAGCAUUGCUUCACACUUUGUGUUACAGGGUGCUCUGGAUCCAGCCGAGUCUCCUCCGAGAGCUCUACGGCCUUGCCCGAGCCUUACUUGCCACGUGCCCAUCAUUCACCUCUGCGUGUGUGUGGUGCUGGUGUGUGUGGCCAUAGCCGGCAAUUCAGAACUGUGUGGAGAGAGUGGGGACAUUGUGAAGAUUUCUACUUGCAGAUUUCUCCAACCCCUUAAGACUUAGGACUGACUUGUGGAGGUGCUCUUUGGCUAAAAGAGUGGUUUCUGGUUUGAGACUGCUUGGUUUUGCUUGGGGCGGAAACUCCAUUAAUGGGGCAUUCUUGGCAGGAGCUAUGGUACAAAGGCCAGACACUGGCACCUUCUCCAGGUGUGGGUCUGGAGUCUCUUCCUGUCUUGUAUGAUGCUCACACUCACACAUUCACACACACAUUUGUUCUGUGGAGCUCAAGAUGGCCUUUGUUGAUGGCUUGCCUUCCUGCUGUGGCCCUAUUUUUAAUUAGGAAGCAAGGUCACUGAUAGGUAGAGUCUGAGUUAUCACUUCUAGGGUUUGGGUUUGAAGGCUGCUGUCCUUGAAAUUUUCCAGGGUCUGAUGUUUGGACCAAAGCCAGACACUACCCUCCUCCAGGUGGUUUGCAGGCCUAGGACUGGCUCCUGAGUGCUCACUCCCACAGAAAAAUGGGCCCUUCCACUCUCCUUGGGACGGCCGGGACGGCCGCUAGAGGGCCCGCUGCCUCCGCAGCCUCUGCUCCCCGCUGGGAGCUUCCACUCAAGCCCGAGGUCUCUCAGCGGUUCCUGAUCCCCACUGGCACAAACACGAGAGGCCCUUUAGAAACAGCGUUCCCGGGUAGCUGGGACUGGCCGUGGGGCUCAGGCAGUGCCAAGGAAAAGCAGGUCCCACAACGGGCAAAUUCACCCUGCCCUUCGGGCCUUUGUGCCCUGUCUUCAAUCAUGGAUGCCCUGUCCCAGCUCCGUUCUGCAAAGUGAGGCCAAGAGGGCCCGCAGGGAUGACAGGGAAGGCAGACAGGUCUGAAAUUCUCCAGAGACCAGAGGGACAUUUGAUGGCCAUCAUGUUUAUAUAACAUUAAGAUUCUUUUGUCUCACAAAGCUUGCCUUUCAGAAUUGCAUUUUCACAUCUUCUGUUUUCAUGCUUAAUUUUAUUAAAGGGAAAUGAAUGUAACACUUGUCACACAAGUGCAUGGAUAGCUGGGAACUAGCAGGAAGCAGAGAUGGGCACAUGCUCUAAGUUGGGUCCAGCAAUAAGCUGAACACUGCAGAACCUGCCUCCAAGUCUGCUGGGGUCUCCAGGAGAAAAAGAAAACUGCUAGGCUGGCCUGCAGCUGCCCCGAUUUUUAAUUUUUAUCCUCAUGACUGAAAAGCACAGAGAACGUCCCUCUCCAGAUAAUCUAAUGCUAGUUCAAACCUCACAUUUACCAUUCAUUUUUUGGCAGCUUAGUGCCUGCAGAGGUGCAGGUCUAGUUCUGAUCCUUACAAGAGCUCACUGAGGUGGGCAGAAGAGAAGAGAUGGCUGUUCCCAAGAGGGGAAGCAACUCUAGCAUCACAGUGGAUCCGGGCAGACCCAGCACCAGCAUGAAAGGCUCCCGAGUGCUGCUGUUCACUUACCUUGUGGCCCCGACAGCCCUGGGAACCUUCACUCAUUGUCAGCAGAGAGCUGCCCCUCCUUGUGGGGUUGAGGGGAAGGAGGAGACUUUUCAGAGGCUGUCACCCAGGUCUCACCAUCCAGUCCUGCCGGGAACCAAUGACACUGCCUUAGGCAGGAGCACCAUCUGUAGCAUACACUCCUCGGAAGGAUUCACUGGGUCAGGGAGGCUUGAAGAUGCUUCUCCCGCUGUCUGAGCCUGUAGCACUGGUCUGGGCCCCUUGAUAAGUACACCCACCUCCUAGUCAGCAGGUGCCUGGUUCAGGGAUGAGGAUUCCUGAUCUUACUUGAUCUUCCCAGGGCCUGUGAGGUGGGGAGAGAGUCCAGCAUCCCUUGCCAGUCCCACUCUGCCACCCCUGUGGUGUGAACUUCAGCAGGUGGGUCUCAGUCCAGGGCCUCAGUUCGAGCCUCCUGCUGGAGGAGGGAAAGCAUGUAGAUAAAGCCUCGAACUUGUGAAGUGUCAGGAGAGGCUCAGGUUGCACCCUGGACUUUGCCCAGUGGCACGUCUGUCUGUGAGACCCAUGGCCUGCUGUCUUCAGCAGGCACUAAGCCUUCCCUGAUGGCUGGAGGCUGGUGGAGGGUUUUUUGCAAGAUGCUCCUGACAAUGCCUUAUUACAGAGCUAUGCUUAACGUUCUACCCCAGGACCAAGGGGCACUGUGAGCAGGUGACUGGCCUGGCCCUGCCUGCCUCAAGCUGCUUGGGCUGUGCCUCUGCUGCCCACAGCAGGGGGCGUGCCAAAGGGUCCCCACUUGGGAGGCCUGCUCACCACCUGAUUUAAACAGUGCCCAGCUCCGCAAAGUUGUGCGAACCUGGUACAGGUGCUGCAAGCAGAGGCUCCCCCAGCUCAGGUGGCAUCAGGCUCGGGCUGCCAAGCAACAGCCAGAGACAUCUGUAUAGUCUGGGCACAUUACACAGCCAGUUCACCCCUUUCUCUCUCCGGAUUCUUGCAGCGGCCCUGGGAGGUAAGCAGGGUGGAGUCAGUAUCUCAUUUUAUACCUAAGCAAACAGACUACUCCAAGUCUCUCAGCAAGUAAGGGAUUCAACUGGGAAGCCAAAUUAGAUUUAACCUCCAACCCAGAGCUAGUGAUGCAUGAAAAUCAUGGCAGCUGGCAUCAGGAUCCAAAAUAAGAAGGAGGAAAUGCAUCCAUUAUGUAACAGUGGGAAAAUCUGUACACACAUGCCCAGUGACAACUGCAGUGUGCUGCCACGUGAGCCAGCUGCUGCUUCCCUCCCUUCUGGGCUCUGGAUGCCACUACCUAGGAGAGAAGGUACUGGAGGCGCCCACCAGCAGCCCUCCAGCAGGAAGUCUGCCUUGUCUGGACUAACACCGCCCCUACCUGGGGCAUUUCCAAGGGCUCUAUGAACACCCUAACCCAGACCUUGGCAGAGAGAUUCUGGAGCUGCUCAUUGAGGGUUAAUGAGCACAGAGCUUGAGAAUCCUCAGGUGAGGAGAUGGAACAAGCAGGACUAUGGUGCUGUGUGCUCUCAUGGAGCCUGAACAAACCAACCCCAGCACCAUAAGGCCUUCACCAUGUCGAUAGGCACCAAAGGAGGUGGUUUCUGAGUGGUGACUUUAGAGGUAUAGGGUAAGCACCAAGGACCAGGCCAUGGGCUGGGGCUGGGAGAGGCUGCCAGGAACCCCAAAACUCAGAGAAGGAAAGAUGGGGCUCAGCUCUCAUCAAGCCUGAGUCUCCACUUCCUGGGGGCCUCCUGGGGGCGGGCCCAGAUUUGAAACCCUCCAGUGACAGAGAACUCAUCACUUCCCCCAGAUGGUGUUUCCUUGGUUGGGGAAAAUUUAUCCAAAGACUGAGUGGAAAUCUACCACCUCUAACUGAAUUCCUUUGGCACUUGGCUUGACUCAGACCCACAUGGAACAAUUUAAAUCUCAACUAGUCCACUGGAUACUUGGAAAUGGACCAGUCAGGUCAAGAGUCCAGGGCCCUCAUUCUGCAAGGUUUUCAUACCCCUCACUGUCUGAGCACAAGGUUGCAGCUGUGGUUAUCUCAACCCUCAUUCUUGAUGACACACACCAAGCUGAGUGGCCACCUGAGUCCCCUCAUGCAGCCAAAAGCUUUGACCCAGGUUUGAAUACACUUGGGGAGCUGCUGGGAGGUCCUCACAUGCACAUGCCCCUUCACAACUAAUCGAGUGUGCUCACAACUUAUCUUUCAUCUGACCCUCAUAAACAGCUUGUGACUUAGGCAAGACCAUAUUCCCAUUUUACAGAUGAGGAAACUAAGUCUCAGGGAGGAACAGCUACUUGCCCAAGACCACAGAAAGUAGGAGAGCCAAGAAAGAAUCCCAGGCCUUCCCUAGGACCCCUCCCUUUAGCCCCCAGCUGACCUCAGUCUCCCUCAUCAGGGACCUUGAACUGGGCUAUACUCUGCUCAGUCAGAGGCUGACCAUGUGGCCUGUGAGGUGUGGGGAGCAUUAAACUCAACUUUUUCCUAGCCCACAGUUCUUCAGAAAGCAGCAGAGAAGGGAGGCUGAGUCUCUCCUGCAUCUCACCGCAACUGUGUCCAUUGUGUCUAUGGGAUCUGGCAGUGGCCUGAGCACUACGGAGUGCUGGAGGUGUAGAAAGCAGGGCCAGGAAGUAUUCUCAGGACAGUGGCUGAGGACCAUCCUGGCCUUGGCAUCCAUGAAUAUAUGUUAGAGCAGAGAGUAUAAAUGGGAACCAACCUUAGGGGAUGCUGAGGCCCCCAAACACCUUGUACUGUUCUCUCAGUGAGACUUAAUCACUCUAUAAAAUGUAAGGCUGCUUCCACUCAUCAAAUUAUAGAUGAGCUUAAUCACAGCUCCCUGAGUAAUCACAUUGGGGUCCUUCAGAAAUAGCAGUGAGCUGGCUGCUCUUCUCAACUUCAGCUGCACUCAGCCCUACCCCCACCCCCACCUCAACCCUGUUUCAAGAGGAACUGUCCAUCUUCCUGGGGUUGUCGGUGCUGCUAAAUGGUGCUCUCAGAUGAUGUGAGCUGACUUGACAGACUGCACUGGGCUCUGUGGCUACUGCCACUACUGGCUCACUGGGACCACUCCCAGCCAGUGAGCUUCUGCUGGACCCCUGGCUGUGAGCUCUGCUCCCGGGUUGUUUACUCUCUCUCUCCUAAUUAUAUUGUAUUUUGGCCAAAAAUUUUGACUCAAUGUUUGAUCAAAGGUAUACAAAGUGUUAUGGGACUUACCAUAAGGAAAAAAGAAAGAACAUGGUAUUGAAUAGAAAUUUAGGGAAAUUCAAGGGCACCUUCAAGGAAACAGGGUAAAGAGCAACAGAUCACUAGGACCUGAUGAAAGUUCUAUGACAUUAUAAAGGGCAUCAUAAACUUCCCUGUGGACAGGGAGGGUCAAUAGACUUGUUUCAAUGGAACAGACUGGCACGUGAUUUCAGGGGAUAUUGAUGGGAAUGGAGGAGCUACUGCUGAUGAUAAUACAAGUGCCCUCAGUGUUCCCAUAUUCAGACAUCAACCCUAUGCUUAGUAGCAUCUGUUUUCACUCCUUGUUCCCUUUAUUAUUUGAGUUUUUUCUCUGUGGCAGGCCCUGUCCUGAGCAGGAGUGUCCAAGGCAGGCAUCCCACUGCCCUCCCAGAGCUCAGGAGGCCAGAAAGUUUAACCCAAGGUGACAAGUGCCAUGAUUUGGGGGAGGAAAUGAAAUGCUUUUUUUCUACCAGAAAUACAUAAAACUUAAGCUACACACAACUUAAUUUGUCUUCUUCCCUGCCCAGCCUUGGAGCUUUAGGUCAAUGGCAUACUGAGGUCUGUCCAGAAAAAAGUCAAACCAUUGUUAAUAUAACAAGAAUGGUUUGCACAACAUCGUGUAACCUGACAGCCAAGGAGAGUGGACUGGAAGGUGUGAACAAUGACGACUUCACUGUGCUAGUCAGUGAGGGCAGUAGAUGCCAUUGAGUGAGCAUGUGCACUGUGUGUCCAUUGUAUUCAACUGAUUGAGUGAGUAGAGCAAUGGAUCCGCAUCAAAUUUUGCAUUAAGCUUGAACAUUCAGAAACUAUCUGGAUGACUCAGAAGGCCGCAGCUAUGGACAGCUGGUGAUUGGCAGCUUCGUCAUGACAAUACUCCCGCUUCAUGCUUCAUAUCUCACACAGAGUUUUUUGGCAAAAUGUCAAAUCACCCAGGUGACUCAACUGCCCUGGGUUGAGUCAUCUCAACAACCCAGAUUUGGUGCCCUGCAACUUCUGGCUUCUCCCAAAACUAAAAUCAUCUUUGAAAUGGAAGAGAUUUCAGACCAUUGAUGAUAUUCAGGAAAAUACGAUGAGGCAGCCGAUGUAAAAUGGGAGAACUGUGUGAGGUCCCAAGAUGCCUAAUUUGAAGGGGACUGAGGCGUCAUUGUCCUAUUUACAAUGCUUCUCGUAUUUUGUAUCUUCCUCAAUGAAUGUCUUUGUUUUUCAUGUUACAUGGCUGGAUACCUUCUGGACUAACCUUGUAUGUGAGGGACCAUGAAUGGGCAAGGGUCUUUCCCUUGCUCAGUUGUUUAGUGCUCAAGUACCUGGCUCCCAGCUGCCUAGCUGGCCUAGACAAGCCAGAGGCUUGGGGCAGAGAUUGCUACAGGUCUCUGAUAUCCAGUCUUCUCUUCUAUAGGAAUAUAUACAUCAACAUAUGGCUGGGCCCAUGGCUAUCUAUAAUAAAGACUAUACUUCUAAGAUUCCCUUGCAGCUAAAGGUGAUCAUGUGACUAUGUUCUGGCCAUUGGCAUAUAAGCAGACAUAGUGUACAACAGCCUUCAGGAACCUUCCUUAAGAGAUAGCUAUAAGCCCCCUUUGGCUCCUUCAACCCUUCAAUUCUACUGCCUUAAACUUGGAUGCUGCCAUCUUGGACCAUGAGGUCAAAAUCAUGUAUGGACAUUACAAAAUAGUGUCUGGAUGCCAGACACUGGAAACUACUUUCCACUCUUGACCACUCAUCUUGAUUUUACGUGAAAAGAAAUAAACUUCUGUCUUUUCUGUAUUACUACUAUUUUGGAAUUAUUUUUUUCUAGGCAAAGUAAACCCUAGGUAACAUAGGCCCCAGCUGGACCAAGGAUGGGAAAGCCAUUGCACACACCUAGGGGCAGGAAACCACAUUUGAUAGCAAUAAUUAUAAGCAUUUACUGAGCACUUCCUAUGUGCCAGUAUGUGCAUUAUUCCAUUUGAUCCUUCCAGUAAUACUAAGAGGCAAGAUUUAUAAUCCCAAUUUUAUAGAUGAUUUAACUGAAGCUUAGGUUUAAAUACCUUACCUAAUCAGUCAGAAAGUGACAGGAUUCAGAACCAGACUCUCUUUAACUCCUGAGCACAAGCCCUGACUGUUUCUCAGACAAAGAGCAGGGUUCCUGCCAAGCUGGCUGCAACCUCCCUGACCUCUCUUGGGCCAGUGGGGGCUGUGGCUCAGCUCAGAUGGAAAGGAGGCUAUGACUGUGCUGAAACUGGUAUAAAUCGGGCUGAGACUGGGCCACCAAAAGUGUAGUACUUAUCCCCCAACACAAAAUUCUAAGACUUGAAAUAUUUUUGAGGCCUAGCUCCUCUACCUAAUGAAGAUGUUCCCUCAAGAGCAUCCCCAGGCCCUUGCUGGUGUGGCUCAGUGGAUUGAGCGACAGCCGGCAAACCAAAAGGUUGCCGGUUCAAUUCCCUGUCCGGGUACAUGCCUGGAUUGCAGGCCAGGUCCCCGGUUGAGGGUGUGUGAGAAGCAACCCACUUAUGUUUUUCUUCCACAUUGAUGUUUCUCUCAUUUUCUUGCUCCCAUCCUUUCCGUCUCUCUAAAAAUAAAUAAAUAAAAUCUUAAAAAAAAGAAGAACAUCCCCAAGGAGAUCAUCUGCUUUGGGCUGAAUGUUUGUUUUCCCUCCCCAGCCCCCCUUCAGAUAUUGAAAUUCUAUCCCUCAAAGAUGAUAGUAUUAGGAGGUGGGGCAUUUGGAAGGUGCUUAAGUCAUGAGGGUAUAGCCCUCCGGAAUGGGAUUAGUGCCUUAUAAAAUAGGCUCCAAAGGACUCCCCAGCCCCUUCCACCAGGCAUGGGAGGACACAGUGAAAGGAGCCAGUUAUGAGCCAGGAAGAGGACCCUCACUGGACCAUACUGGCACCUUGAUUUUGGACUUCCCAGCCUCCAGAACUAUGAGAAAUACAUUUCUGUUGCUUAUAAGCCACUGUCUGUGGUACUUUGUUACAGCAGGCCAAGCUAAGAAACCAUCUCUUAGAUGGCUCAAGACUCUUCUUCUCCCACCUCCUCCUCCUCUUCUUCCCUCUUGAUUUUCUUCCUUCUCCUCUCCUCUUUCUCUUCUGACCCUCACUCCUCCUCCUCCUCUUCUGAGGAC